AUCCGAAAGCAAUUGUAUGAACUUCGCGCCAUUUCUCUGUUGUGAUCGAUUCCGCGUGUUUCUGGUUUCUGUGUUUAAACUUCGUGCGUUGAAACGGGUUUAUACAUUAUUCCAACGUUGAUGUAUACAAUAUUAUUUCAGUAUAUUUAACGAGCAGAAAAUCUGCAGUAAGAAAUAGCAGAUUUCGAAGUUGCACGUGCAUAACCUUAUACGUUCGAGUUUAAAUAACAUUAGAGCAAGAGACUCUGUGCUAUAUGACCUAAAGGGCUAGUCAAAAGCGCCUAAAACUCACCCUUGGGCUAGAGGAAACUUGAAGGAAAGAAGUUAAUUACAUUAAAAUGGGUGACAUUUCGGAUUUGCUUGACUUAUUACCAGUCUAUUACUCAAGAUUGUUUCCCUUCGCCGACUAUCAUAGGUGGCUGAGUUAUGGAAAUGUGGGUACUUUUAGCAAGAGAGAAUUCUCGUUCACUCUCUCAGACGACAUUUACAUACGCUACCAGUCUUUCAACGAUCAGAAGGCACUGUCGGAUGAGAUUAAAAGAUUGCUGCCGCAUAAAAUAGAUAUAGGAGCAGUUUAUAACUCUCAGCCGAAAGAUCAAAGAAGAGGCCCAAAUUUUCAGCCAGUAGAGAGAGAAUUGGUGUUUGAUAUAGACAUGACUGAUUACGAUGAAGUAAGAACAUGUUGCAAGGGAACAGACAUUUGCGGCAAGUGUUGGAAAUUCAUGUCACUUGCUUGUAAGAUAUUAGACAACGCAUUGAGAUUGGAUUUUGGAUACAAACAUAUUUUAUGGGUAUUCUCUGGCAGAAGAGGUAUUCAUUGCUGGGUAUGUGACUCCACAGCCCGCACCUUGUCAGGACAAGUACGAGCGGCGGUUGCCGAAUAUUUACAGAUUAUAGGCGGAGGUGAAUUUAUGAAGAAGAAGGUACAUCUCACUGGCGAUAAAAUUCACCAUUCCAUCAAGCGUGCUCUGGAUAUAAUCGAUCCUGUUUUCAUUGAAAUGUGCGUCAGAGAGCAAAACAUGUUGGGCACGGAAGAAGCAAUCGAAAAGUUCCUUCCGAUAUUGCCUACUGACGAAGAUAGACAGGAAGUAAAGGUGUUGUUCGGUAAAGAAAAUACCAGUGAAGCAAGGUGGAACGCAUUUAUACAGUACAUCGAAUCUAAACGGACAGGGGGCGACCGAAAAUGGUAUUUGUACCGUCACUUGAUCGAAGAGAUAAAAUUACAAUACUCGUAUCCAAGAUUAGACAUAAAUGUCAGCAAAGGCUUAAAUCACUUAUUGAAAUCGCCUUUUUGCAUCCAUCCGAAAACUGGCAAAGUUUGUAUACCGUUCAACGCGAGUGCGGUGGAUAAAUUUGAUCCUGAUAAGGUGCCUACAAUAAUGACGCUGAUAGGUGAGAUCAAUGCGUACGAUGUGAAGGACAAGGCUGAAGAAGAGACAUACGACUUAAACAAAAAACGAAUUAAAGAUUACAAGAAAACGAGCUUGAACAAGUCACUGCACGUUUUUCAAGAAUUCUUGCGACACUUGGAGGCUGAGCGACGGGAACAGAGAUUAAAAGGAAAAAUUUCAGCCGACAGUAUGGAAUUUUAAGAUAUCUCACAACGAUAAGAAACUACUUCUAAAAGUUGUUAUAUUCGAGGUAAUAAUAUUAUUUAUAAUGCUUUAAAUAUAUUUUCAUAGAAAUA